CUAUCUAGACCAAGAAAAGGGCCCGCCUCUCCUGCAAAGGAUGUCCUUACUCUCCGACGUCCACCUGGGGCUGCCUCUCCCGGACCCUCCUCCUCACCGCCUGGCCCUCGUCUCCGGCUCCUACCGCUACUACCACUACGGCUGCGAUGGUGUGGAUGACCGCGGUUGGGGCUGCGGGUACCGCACCCUCCAGACCGUGUGCUCUUGGCUGCCGCUGGGCCUCGGGGAAACCCAUCCUGGCCCGGUCCCUUCCCUGCGGGAGAUCCAAAGCGCUCUGGUGGAGAUAGGGGACAAGCCCGCCUCCUUCGCCGGCUCCCGGGACUGGAUUGGCACCGUGGAAGCGGCCUUGUGCCUGGACCACUUCUACAGCGUGCCGGGCAAGCUGGUCCACGUUCCCCGCGGGCGGGACCUGGAGAAGGAGCUGGAGGCUCUGCAGGCCCAUUUCCGAGGAGGCGGGGGGCCCGUCAUGAUGGGGGGCGACAGGGACAACUCUUCCAAGGGGCUGCUGGGCGUCUGCUCCGGCCCGGAAGGGCGCCACCACCUCCUGGUCCUUGACCCUCAUUACUAUGGCCAGGCAGGGUCUCUUACGAGGGAGGAGCUGCAGGCGAAGGGAUGGGUCCGUUGGAGGGAGCUUGACCUCUUUGAAGCGGGCUCCUUCUACAACCUCUGCUUCCCCCAGUUCAGGGCAAAAGGAUGUCCUGUAUGAUUUGAGCAAGGAGGUGCCGUGUCAGGAGCUGGCUGGGAGUCAUUCACUAAAAGUACCUUGGGAGGGAGCUGAAAGCGACAGAGACCGGUUAUCGUAAGUGUGGAAGACGCGAGGACACAGUGGAUUCAUGAAUCCAUGGGGAGUGGACACAGUGCCCACGUCCAAUCCAAGAAGAAGAAGAAGAGAGU